GUAAAAAGACUCGGGCGUCUCGUGCGUAACGAGGAUGAUCGCAGAGAUCCAGUGAAGGUGAAUCACAGACACAGGAAGAAAGAGAGAGGAAAAGAGAGAGAGAGGAGAGAGAGAGGAGAGAGAGCAGCACUUAUUAGUCUCCUCCUCGUUCCCACACCUCAGCUGACAAGUCAGGCCAGCCUGUAACUUCAGAGUGACACACAACUAAACUCUUUACUGACACACACGGGAAGAAAACUCACAGACGCGUAAAGAGUUUCCAGAAGCGGAAUCCACGCGGUUAUGGACAGGAGGAUGAACUUGAACGGAGGUGCAGCGGAUAUUUUUCACAAAACUCUCAGCGCCGUGUCCACCAAAAAGAUGGACCCCUUCAGGUCGUCAGCCGGCAUCGAACUCCCAGCCAGGGACCGUCAGUCACCCAUCAGCUGCUUUGACCAGACCGACCCGGACCCGAUCCAGCCGGGAGGACUGGCAGGAGGUAGAGGAGGUGCACUCGGUCUGCCCACCGGAUCUUUGUGCGUCAAGUACGGCGAGAGCGCCAACAGGACCUCGGUGGCGGAGAGCAGCGGCGGAGAGCAGAGUCCUGACGAUGACAGCGACGGCAGGUGCGACAUGGUGCUUCUGGCCGACGGGCGGACAGUGCCCGCGGGGAAAGGCGAAGGAGGUAAGAAAACCAAAGAGCAGAAAAUACUGAGGCUAAACAUCAAUGCCAGAGAGAGACGGCGGAUGCACGAUCUGAACGACGCGCUGGAUGAGCUCAGAGCGGUCAUCCCUUACGCGCACAGCCCGUCGGUGCGGAAACUCUCCAAAAUCGCCACUUUGCUGCUCGCGAAAAACUACAUCCUCAUGCAAGCACAGGCGCUGGAAGAAAUGAGGCGGCUGGUGGCCUAUCUCAACCAGGGCCAGGCCAUUUCUGCUGCCUCCAUACCGGCUACCACUGCCCUCGCUGCGCCCGGCUUGGGCGCGUACGAGCAGCCGCCCGGAUACCCCUUCCCCACCGGGGUGACCGCGUCCUCCUGCCCCGACAAAUGUGCCCUGUUUAACAACGCCAGCUCCAGCCUCUGCAAACAGUGCACUGACAAGCCUUAAUUUCGGCUCUACACAGACUAACAAAGAAGCACAGGAGGGAAGAGAUACCACUUUUAAGAACACUUUUGGAGAGGAGAUCCUGCGAGGCUGCUGUUGUCCGAGUCAUUAGGCUAGAGACAAAGAAGUAAAGCCGAUGAAUACUUUUAUAAUAUUUACUAAAUGCAUUCAAACGCGCUUUUUUGUUCAAACAAUACUUGAUUGUGUAAAUAAAUCAUCCUUUAAGUGCUGGUAUGAAUGACAGAAGACCAAACAGAAGUUCAGUAGGCCUGUGAGUGAGGGUGAGUUGAUGAUCACUUGCUCAGUUUGGACCCUUUUUUUUUGGAGAUUCUGUUGACCUGACAACCUGCGACUUUUCCACCUUUCCAUCCCCACUUUCUGCUGCUUCUUCUCUUUUUUUUACUUCUUUCUUUGCAGUUUUUCUUUCAUUUUCACCACAAGCAUUUUGCUGUACUUCCUGGUGAAAGGCCUGCUCUUAAUGAACUUUUCGACUUGGGCACGUGGAAUGUCACGAACAAGAAGAAGUCAAACAAAUAAGUGAUUAAAUCAGAUCGAUAUUUAAGUGUUAACCCAGACUUGUUGAAAGUUACGCAAAGAUAUUAUAAAAGUCUUGUAUUUGGGGGCAUUGUGACAAACACAAAUCAUGGAAAAUUUAGAAAACUAGACUUGAGAUUUAUCAGCUGACUAGAUGUCUUUUGUAAUUUAUGAAUUUGGAUAUUAAUGUCGAAUAUUUUGCUGCAUUGCACACUGUAGUCUUUAUUUUCCUCUUGCAUCCUGCUUUUUUCUGCUCACACAAACAAUCGAGGUCUUCAGAUGAAUCGCAUUGUCAGGUCAAGCUGUGGGUUAUUUGUGGAUAAUUUAGUUAUUAUAAGAGCAAAGAGGGCCAUUUGUAUGUAUUUCAGUGUUGAAAAAGCUUUAUUAAAAUAUUUUGAACAACAGA